GAUUUAAGCAUUUUCUGUUCUUGUAGCUUAACAAAAGCAAAUAUAAGCUCCUCUUCAUUUAGAAAUUGUGUUCCUCAAGCAACGCAUAAUGUCUGCACAUUCGCCAAAGUUGCAGGUUCAUCUUAAUGAAAGGUUGCAGAAAUUGAAAGAAAUAUUUAUCCAGAAGUUCGGCGAAGUACCUCUGUUUUAUGCAUGUGCUCCUGGACGCGUGAAUUUAAUUGGGGAGCACAUUGACUACUGUGGGUAUGCUGUUCUUCCGAUGGCAAUUGAGCAAAAUAUUCUUGCUGCAGUCUCAGUGAACGAGACUCAAGACAUACAGCUGGCAAAUACAAAUCCCCAAUACACUGAUUUCACCGUAUCUACCGGAGACAUCAAGAUUGACAGAGCAAACCCCCAAUGGCAAUAUUAUUUUCUUUGUGGAGUUAAAGGAGUACAGGAGCACCUGGGCCUAAGCGCCCUGGCCGGGAUGCGGUGCGUGGUCGACGGGACGGUGCCUGCCAGCUCCGGCCUGUCCAGCUCCAGCGCCCUGGUGUGCUGCGCAGGUCUCCUCACUGUUGAGGCCAACCGCAAGUCUUUGUCAAAGGUGGUACUUGCUGAGACCUGUGCCCGCAGUGAACGCUACAUUGGCACAGAAGGAGGUGGCAUGGACCAGUCCAUCUCCUUCUUGGCAGAGGAAGGAACUGCAAAGCUUAUAGAGUUCAACCCUCUGCGGGCGACAGACGCGAAGCUCCCAGAUGAGGCCGUGUUCGUGAUUGCCAACUGUUGUGUGGAAAUGAACAAGGCAGCCACGUCUCACUUCAACAUCAGGGUUGUGGAGUGCCGGAUAGCCACAAAGCUGCUGGCCAAGAGCAGAGGCCUGGACUGGAGCAGGCUGCUGAAGCUGGGCGAGGUGCAGGCAGAGCUAGCGGCCUCGCUGGAGGAGAUGGCGCAGAUCGUGGAGGAGGUGCUACACCCGGAGCCGUACAGCCGGGAGGAAAUCUGUCAGCGCCUGGGCAUCACCCUCGAAAGCCUCUGCAGUGACAUUCUGAGUCCCAACACACAGCACGUGACGCACUUCAAGCUGUACCAGCGCGCCAAGCACGUGUACGGCGAGGCGGCGCGGGUGCUGCAGUUCAGGGCGGUGUGCGAGCGGGCGGCGGACGGCGCCGUGCGGCGGCUCGGGGAGCUGAUGCGGGAGAGCCACGCCAGCUGCAGGGACCUGUACGAGUGCAGCUGCCCGGAGCUGGACCAGCUGGUGGACGCGUGCCUACGGUCGGGUGCCGCGGGCUCUCGGCUGACCGGAGCAGGCUGGGGCGGCUGCGUGGUGUCCAUGGUGCCCGCGGACAGGCUGGACUCCUUCCUCCUGAAAGUGCGGGAGUCAUAUUACCGGCCCGACGCUCGCCGCGCAGCUCUGGAAAAACAGAGUUUGUUUGUCACUAAGCCCGGUGGGGGAGCCGCUAUUCUUUUUGAGGCUUAACUCUGUUUGGGGGAGAAAUACUUCAGGAUCAUUUGUCAAUAAAAAGGCAUUUUUGCCAUGGCCUUGAAAUUGCAAUGCUUAUCCAGAGCGACGUACACAGCUUGCCACUUUUGUAUGUUAUUCAUUUGUACAGUGGGAUAUUUACUGGGGCAAUUCAGGUGAAGAACGCUUCCCAGCCCUACAUCAGAAGUCACCCACCUGAGAAUCAAACCAGCAACCUUACAGGGCACAAGCCCUGCUCCGUAUCACUGCUGACAAUUUGUUUAAUGUUGCACACUAGAAGGGUUCCUGCCG